AAUUAACAGAGCUAACCAAGAAAAUAAUUUCAAAUGAUUGUUAUUAAAGAAUUUAAUAAUUUAUAAACAAUUGACACGAAAUGAUUGAAUCGUGUACAAAAAAACGUAUGUUACUAGCUGUCACUUUAUUAGGCGGAUUAACAAUUCUUGUUUUAAUUGUGGAGAGCCAGUGGACAGAUAGUGAGAAUAAUAAGCCAUAUGUUGAAAAUUUGGAGCGAAACGCAACGUGUACUACAAAUGGUGACUAUGAAAUAAUAUCUGAAUGCCAUCCUUGUACAGCAUUUGAAAUAGCCAGCAAAAGUAUCGGAGUUUGUAUUCAUUCACGUUACAAAGAAAUAUUAAGAUGUAAAACUGGUGAAACUGUUACCAGAAGUUGUGACAGAGUCGCGUGGUUAGAAGAGCGCGCAUUUUUAAAAUUCCAAGCUGUUAUGUUUAUAUUGGCGCUAUUAUCAUGUGUUACUGUAUUUUGGCGUGAAAACGUAUUGAGAAAAAGGAUAAUACGUAAAAUAGCUAAACAAUUACGUGCAAGUGUUUAG